GAUGGACGUCACGUCAUUGUGGGCAGGAUGCUCGUGUUACGGUGUCGACAUCAAUACAGAAAGCGAAAUUAACUGUCAGGGAAAGAGGAAUCGGCAGUCAAACAGCAACAUACUAAAGGAAGAUGAACCCAGAGGAAGAGAAACGGGCCACGCCAUGCAGCAGCCCUGUUUUUGUUCACAACCCACACCUGGAUGUAAUGAAAGAUGACGUCCUCUACCACUUCGGGUUGGGAACAGCAACUCACAACCUACCUGCCAUGUUUGGUGAUGUCAAAUUUGUGUGUGUUGGAGGCAGUCCAUGGAGAAUGAAAUCAUUCACUGAGUAUAUUGCUGCUGAGAUCCGUAUGGAAGACCCCGAGUCAGAGUACCCAAACAUCUGUGCUGGAACGGACCGCUAUGCUAUGUACAAAGUUGGCCCUGUGCUGUCUGUCAGUCAUGGGAUGGGCAUCCCAUCUAUUGCCAUAAUGUUGCAUGAGCUAAUAAAGCUCCUCCAUCACGCUCAUUGUGAAGAUGUUACAAUUGUACGUAUUGGAACGUCGGGAGGAAUAGGGCUUGAGCCUGGCACAGUUGUUGUCACCAAGAAGUCUAUGGAUGCCACCUUCCUGCCCAAGUUUGAGCAGGUGAUCCUGGGGAAGACCGUGGAGCGUAAUACUGAUCUGGACCAAUGCCUGGCUGAGGAGCUGUUGCAGUGCAGCAAGGAGCUCAACCAGUUUGAGACAGUGAUAGGCAACACCAUGUGUACACUGGAUUUCUAUGAAGGGCAAGCCCGUCUGGAUGGGGCAUUCUGCUCCUACACCGAGAAGGAUAAACAGGACUACCUCAAAAAAGCCAGUGAAGCAGGAAUCUGCAAUAUAGAAAUGGAGUCAUCAGUUUUUGCUGCCAUGUGCAAACUGAGUGGUCUUCGAGCGGCUGUGGUUUGUGUCACGUUACUGGAUCGUCUGAAGGGGGAUCAGAUGAACGGCUCUCAUGAAGUUCUUCAGAGUUACCAACUACGUCCUCAGAUACUGGUCGGAAACUACAUUAAGAAGCUGUUAAAGGCCAAAGCAGGACGUAGCUGCAACAGUGCAACAGUAUAAGCUGCAAUGAUUCAGCUUUAAAAAAAAAAUGUUAUCCUGCUCUCACCAAUAGCCAUAUAUUACCUUUAUUACCUCCAGAAUAAUGACUUAAGAAGUAAUGCCUAUUUAUUUAUCCUUGGCAAAUAUUAAGUUGGUCUAUUUCACUGUUUUUAAUAAAAUCCAUUACACUAUAUCA